AUGGACGUUUCGAACCAUUCCGGUCUGACUGCAGCUCGAAUCAGUAUGGCGGAGUCUACCAUUGACCCAGAGCCUCCACAGCCGAGCGAUCCCACAGAACCUCCCGAGAAAGCGAAUUAUAAUGAAAUGCUGCUUGAAGCUGCAAGUGACAGCGAUGUUGAAAAGGUGAAGUCUUGUCUUGCCAAGGGUGCAGACAUCGAGACGAAAAACAGCAGGUGGAAGGCAACGCCUCUUUACCUCGCUGUCAACUUUGACCACGAGGAGGUGGUUGAAAUUUUACUGGAGAAGAAUGCCAACGUGGACUCGAAGGAUUGCGACGGGGAGACCCCCUUAUACCGGGCUGCUGCUGUCGGCAAUGAAACAAUUGUGAAGAUGUUGCUAGAGCACCAUGCAGACAUAAAUGCCAAGGACAACGACGGAAGGACACCACUGUAUAUCGCUGUCUUUGAAGACAACAACGACAUUGUCGAGCUCUUACUACGCAAUGGUGCUGAACUGGGAGCUAAAGACCGAAAUGGGGAUACUGAAUUAACCUGGGCUGCUUAUAGAGGAAAUGCAGAAAUUGCGCGCAUGUUGCUUCAAAAAGGUGCCGAUGUUGCAGUCGCAAACGAGAAUGGGGAGACGCCAUUUUUUUGA